AUGGCAGCUCUGCGAGCCGUCGGUGCCGCGCUUGGUAUUCCACUCCUCGGUGCGGUGGGGUGGACCGCAUACACCAGCAGGAAGGUGCGCCACGUCGUUGUGACGGACCCACUCGUUGUAUCAUCGUACUGCCGCGAUGUGGCAGCGAGGACACGGAAUGAGGGCGUUCCAUGUCUGAUGUGCGCCUAUGAAGUACCUGUCAUUGUUCCCACCGCGGGUGUGCGGGACGCACUCAAGCACCGCGACAUGGACGCGUCACUCUACGUGUUGCACGCGCUGCUGUCGGGUUUCUUUAUGCGUGUGGAGGUGACCGCAUCGGCCUUCAUGGAGCGUCGGCGCCUGUCCGAUGCGUACUUCUGCUGGAGAUCAACAGGACGACGCACCCUCGCGGAGGAGCGUCGUCAAGCCGUGCUAAAUCAGCAGCCUUGUAGCCAAGAGCUAUCCUACGGCGAAUGGUAUGCAAGCCUGUUGCGGGUGCAACAACAACAAGAACAACCAGAUAAACGUCACAGGGAAGCAAUCUUGACUUACGAGUCUGAGUCCAUAGGUGUCUCGCUGGAGGCUGCCGCUGAUGGCAGUCGUCAGGCGGUGCUUCGUCUGUACUACGUCAUACAGCCGUUCGAUGGAUUGGCAAAGGAUUCCACAGCAGAGCGAGUGACGCUGUGGUGCGCGGACAAGUACGGCAAGCUUCUGACCGCUCAGACAGCAUACGCUGUGGAGCAUCUGGGGAUUUAA